AUGCCAGGGUCCUGGGGGCUGGGCGUGUGCUCAGCUCGGCCAGGCCUGGUGAGUGGCUACUCCAUGAGCCCCCCGACCCUGAACGUCACGGAGGAGACACACGUCAUUGACUCCAACGACAGCCUGUCCAUCUCCUGCAGGGGGCAGCACCCCCUCCAGUGGGCCUGGCCAGGGGCUCAGGAAGCGCCAGCCACGGGGGAAAAGGACAGUGAAGACCUGGGGUUCGUUCGCGACUGCGAAGGCACGGACGCCCGGCCCUACUGCAAGGUGCUGCUGCUUCCCGAGGCCCACGCCAACGACACGGGCAGCUAUGGCUGCUACUACAAGUACAUUAAGGCCCGCAUUGAGGGCACCACCGCGGCCAGCACCUAUGUGUUCGUAAGAGACUCGGAGCAGCCGUUCAUCAACAAGCCGGGCACGCUCCUGGUCGACAGGAAGGACUCCGUGUGGGUGCCUUGCCUGGUGUCUAUCCCCGGCCUCAACGUCACCCUGCGCCUGCCAAGCUCAGUGCUGCAGCCCGACGGGCAGGACGUGGUGUGGGAUGACCGCCGGGGCAUGCGGGUGCCCACGCCGCUGCUGCGGGAGACCCUGUAUCUGCAGUGCGAGACCACUUGGGGCGGCCAGGCCUUCCUGUCCAACCCUUUCAUCGUGCACAUCACAGGCAACGAGCUCUAUGACAUCCAGCUGUUCCCCAAGAAGUCCAUGGAGCUGCUCGUCGGGGAAAAGCUGGUCCUGAACUGCACCGUGUGGGCUGAGUUCAACUCGGGGGUCACCUUCGACUGGGACUACCCAGGGAAGCAGGCCGAGCGGGGCAAGUGGGUGCCGGAGCGGCGCUCCCAGCAGACCCACACAGAGCUCUCCAGCAUCCUGACCGUCCACAACGUCAGCCAGCGCGACCUCGGCCCGUACACGUGCGAGGCCAACAAUGGCAUCCAGCGGUUCCGGGAGAGCACCGAGGUCAUCGUGCACGAAAAGCCCUUCAUCAGCGUCGAGUGGCUCAAGGGCCCCGUCCUGGAAGCCACAGCAGGAGACAAGCUGGUGAAGCUGCCCGUGAAGCUAGCUGCGUACCCCCCACCGGAGUUCCAAUGGUACAAGGACAGAAAGGCUGUGUCCGGGCGCCACAGUCCACAUGCCCUGGUGCUCAAGGAGGUGACCGAGGCCAGCGCAGGCGUCUACACCCUCGCCCUGUGGAACUCCAUGGCCGGCCUGAAGCGCAACAUCAGCCUGGAGCUGGUGGUGAACGUGCCUCCCAACAUCCACGAGAAGGAGGCCUCCUCCCCCAGCAUCUACUCCCGCCACAGUCGCCAGGCGCUCACCUGCACGGCCUACGGCGUGCCCCCUCCUCUCAGCGUCCAGUGGUACUGGCGGCCGUGGACACCCUGCAAGACCUUCGCCCAGCGCAGCCUCAGCCGGCGGCAGCAGCGGGACCGCAUGCCACAGUGCCGGGACUGGAGGGAGGUGACCACGCAGGACGCUGUGAACCCCAUCGAGAGCCUGGACACCUGGACGGAGUGUGUGGAGGGGAGGAAUAAGACGGUGAGCAAGCUGGUGAUCCAGGACGCCAACGUGUCUGCCAUGUACAAAUGCAUGGUCUUCAACAAGGUGGGCCAGGACGAGCGGCUCAUCUACUUCUAUGUGACCACCAUCCCCGACGGCUUCAGCAUUGAGUCCGAGCCCUCGGAGGAGCCCCUGGAGGGCCAGGCCGUGCGCCUGAGCUGCCAGGCUGACAACUACACUUACGAGCAUCUGCGCUGGUACCGCCUCAACCUGUCCACUCUGCACGAUGCCCACGGGAACCCGCUGCUGCUCGACUGCAAGAACGUGCACCUGUUCGCCACGCCGCUGGCCGCCACCUUGGAAGAGGCAGCGCCGGGGGCUCGCCACGCCACGCUCAGCCUGACCAUCCCCCACGUGACACCUGAGCACGAGGGCGACUACGUGUGCGAGGUGCAGGACCGGCACAGCCAGGACAAGCACUGCCACAAGAAGUACCUGUCAGUGCAAGCCCUGGAAGCCCCCCGGCUUACGCAGAACUUGACCGACCUCCUGGUGAACGUGAGCGACUCCCUGGAGAUGCGGUGUCCCGUGGCCGGGACGCACGUGCCCAGCAUCAUGUGGUACAAGGACGAGCGGCCGCUGGAGGAAAAGUCCGGGAUCGAUCUGGCCGACUCGAACCAGAAGCUGAGCAUCCAGCGCGUGCGCGAGGAGGACGCUGGCCGCUACCUGUGCAGCGUGUGCAACGCCAAGGGCUGCGUCAACUCCUCGGCCAGCGUGGCCGUGGAAGGCAUGGAGAUCGUGAUCCUUGUUGGCACUGGGGUCAUCGCCGUCUUCUUCUGGGUCCUCCUCCUCAUCAUUUUCUCUCACCUGGAACCCGGCUGCCCCACAGGGAGAGUCCUGGGCCACGGCGCCUUCGGGAAGGUGGUGGAAGCCUCGGCGUUCGGGAUCCACAAGGGCAGCAGCUGUGACACGGUGGCCGUGAAGAUGCUGAAAGUGGUGAUCGUGGAGUUCUGCAAAUACGGCAACCUCUCCAACUUCCUGCGCGCCAAGCGGGAGGCUUUCAGCCCCUACGCAGAGAAGUCCCCGGAGCAGCGAAGGCGCUUCCAGGCCAUGGUGGAGGGUGCCAGGGCCGACAGGAGGCGGAGGCCGGGGAGCAGUGACAGGGCCCUCCUGACAAGGCUCCUGAUGGGCAAGGGCGAGGCGGCCCGGGCCACUCGGACCCAGGAAGCCGAGGACCUGUGGCUGAGCCCGCUGACCAUGGAGGACCUUGUCUGCUACAGCUUCCAGGUGGCCCGCGGGAUGGAGUUCCUGGCCUCCCGCAAGUGCAUCCACAGAGACCUGGCUGCGCGGAACAUCCUGCUGUCGGAGAGUGACGUGGUGAAGAUCUGCGACUUCGGCCUGGCCCGGGACAUCUACAAGGACCCCGACUACGUGCGCAAGGGCAGCGCCCGGCUGCCCCUGAAGUGGAUGGCGCCUGAGAGCAUCUUCGACAAGGUGUACACCACGCAGAGCGACGUGUGGUCCUUCGGGGUGCUGCUCUGGGAGAUCUUCUCCCUGGGGGCCUCCCCGUACCCUGGGGUGCAGAUCAACGAGGAAUUCUGCCAGCGGCUGAAAGAGGGCACCCGGAUGAGGGCGCCGGAGCUGGCCACUCCUGCCCUACGCCGCAUCAUGCUGAGCUGCUGGUCGGGAGACCCCAGAGAGAGGCCGGCGUUCUCAGAGCUGGUGGAGAUGCUGGGGGACCUGCUCCAGGGCGGGGGCCGGCAGGUGAGCCCUCACGUCCUGCUGCAGGGCCUUCAGAGGCCAGAGCUGCACUGGCCUGGGGGAGCCCCUGCUCCAGGAGGAGAGAGACGUGCCUCCUCCCCCUUCCUAGCCCCCGGGAGGCUCAGUAGCCAGGCCAGCUGCGCCUCGCAGGACGAGGGAAGCCGGGGAGAAUACUACAACUGUGUGUCCUUCCCGGGGAGCCUGGCCAGAGGGACCCAGGGAACCUCCAGGAUGAAAACCUUCGAAGAAUUUCCCAUGACCCCAACGACCUACAAGGCAUCAGCGGAUAACCAGACGGACAGCGGGAUGGUGCUGGCCUCCGAGGAGUUUGAGCAGCUGGAGAGCAGGCACCAACCGGAGGGCGGGCUCAGCAGCUGUAAAGGACCCGGCUGGAGCGCGGAGGUGACCGGGGCGCACCCGGACCCCCAGGGGCGGCGGCGGCGGCCUGACCGGGGUCCCCCGGGAGGCCAGGUGUUCUACAACAGCGAGUACGGGGAGCUGGCCCGGCCCCGCGGCGGGGGUGACUGCACCCCCCUGGCCCGCUCGCCCUUCUUCGCAGACAGCAGCUACUGAGGAGGCUCGGCAAGGCCCCGCCCGGGGCGCCCACAGCUGGCAGCCGUGCCUGGCAGGGCGGGCAGAGGGUCGGAGCUCCAGGCUGGGAACUCGUCUCCUUUGGUUCGGCCAGGAGGCCUUCCCUCCACCCUGUCAGCGCCCCCUCUAGCCAUGAAGAGCAAAACCCAGGUUCCAGGGCUCCCCGACCUCCAUCACCACCCCUGCCCAGGACUUCCCGGGCCCCCUCAGGCCCUUCUCCCUUCAGAUCAGAUUCCGUGUAGCUAACAGCCCCAGGGCCCAGCCUGGGACCCGCACUCCCAGGGGAAUGCCCCUUUGCUGACCUCCCCCCACGACGGUGGGUGGUAGCGUGACCCCCAUUUUCUGAGGAGGAACUUGAGGGUCUGACAGUCACCGGGGCUGCAGGUGAAGCCAGGCCUGAGCUGCAGCCUCCCGGCCCGCCUCACUCACUGCUCCUCCACGCAGCCCCUCCCUGGGGAAGGCCUUCCUUCCGGUGUCGCCCGGGCUGAGGGGAGGGUGCCAGACCCCAUCCCAGAGCACAAAGAGGAACCGUGGGGUGGGGCCGGGAACUCCUCCCUGAGCCCCGCCAGCAACCCCCUCGGGUCCCUGCCGCGGACCAUCACAACGCACCCUCCCCCGAUUCUGCGGAUCUUUUUCAUUAGAACUUCAGAAACCGAGCUGCUAUGAAGAAUUUACUUUUCAAAACUUCAGUCUGAAGGGCGCAAGUUCUCUCUGAAUCUAGAGGAUCCUUGCCCCUGGCCCCCGUGGGCGCCGUCACAGCAGACACAGCCACAGCCUCUCCUGGAGAAGGUGCCGCCCGCUGCCUGGCCCAGGCGGCCUCGAGCAGCCCCACCUGAGAAGAUGCGGGUCCUCCGCUCUGGGACCCGAUCUGCCGCGAGGCCCCUGCCAUGCCGGGAAGGUCCUUCCGAGCGGGGAUUCCACAGGAAGGCGCCCAGGCUGGCCCGGGGGACCGCCCAGCGCGGCUCCAGGCCCCCAGGCAUCGGGAUGUUCUGUGGCCUCGGGGGCCUGUCUUCUACCGCCUGGUCUCUGCCUGACGUCGGCUCCCUGGCAGUUCAAGCCUCUGUCGUCACCGGGGAGCAGCCAGGACCUCUGGAGGCUGCAGCCAGUCUGCCCAGACACCCAUCCCAGCUCACACUGCCCAGCCACCCACCCUCAGAGGAGAUAGACCACCUCCCAGU